GCUUAAAUAAAUAAGUUGCGCAUUUACCAACACUUUAACAGCUGUCUGGAUAUGAAAUUUGAUGAAAGUGAAAAAUAAUAACUCUAAAAAGCAUCUUUCCUUUGCACGAAUAUAUCUCAAAAUAUCUCGACGGCGAACUCUACCCAAAGCUUAAAUAAAAAGCUGCACAGUGGCAAAUGCAAAACAACAAUGAAAUGCAUGCUCAAUGCAGAAAAGUGGCGCCAGAAAUGGCAAACGCUGGCAGCAGGAUCCGGCGGCAAUUGUCAGCGACAGCAGCAGCAGCAACAAGAACAACAGCAACAAGUUGCUGGCAUUCGUGUAAGGGCGACAAAACAAUUGCCGCCGUUGUUAUUGAUGCUGAUGCUGCUGCUGCUGCUGGCAGUUGAGCAUGCAAAUUCAACAACAGCGGCAACAACUUCAACGGCAACAGCAGCAACACGCCCAACGGGCACAGCAAAUGCGCCAGCAACAGCAACAGCGACAACAACAGCAGCAGCAGCAGCAGCAGCAGCAACAGCAGCAGCAAUCGCUGCGGCAGCGGCAACAUCCUCCUCAAUGGCCAGCUCCUGGCUAGGAGCAACUGCAGCCCAAGGCAAUCCAUUUAAAAACCUUGUGCGAAUCGGCGAUGGCAACAUCGUCACGCGUACGGCCAUUGAGCAAUCGCUGGUGACAAUACACGACAUCGCCACCGAAAAUCUGGGUACACUGUGCAUCUCCACGCUUUAUCGACCGCUCCAGGUGCCCAUCAACUCGGAGCGGUUCGAGAGCAGCAGACAAAAGGCCGAUUUGGCGGCAUCGAUACUCCAGGAAGUGGGCAUCAUACGGCAUGGCGGGCUCUCGGAUGCGCUGGCCAAGGGCUUGCUCACGGAUGAAUACAUAAAUGGUGCACGCAUUUUAGCUUUGAACCUAACCAACGGCGCGGUUCAGUCCUACGUCUGGUGGGUGAAGAGCGGUCACGAGACGCAGCGCUACGAGGAGGAGGGCCUGCAAAUUGGCAAAAAGCCUGCUCACAGUUAUCCCUGGUUUGAUGACGAGAGCAGCACACCGACAUUGCGCUCCCCGAAAUUUGCGCCGAGCCCGCCGAAUAACUACUACAAGGGCUGGUGGACCUACCCGUACUUCUCGUGCGCGCUGAGCAAGUGGCUCGUCUCGUACAGCAUCGCCAUACCGCCGAGUGGACGGCACGGGUUGCGCGGCUUCAUCAGCGUGGACAUCGAUGUGACCUCGCUGCGGGUCAACCAGUGCGACGCGUCGCCGUAUCGCUUCGGCAACCAGCAACAGCUGCUGAUGCGGCAGAGGCAGCCGGCGCGGCGCGCCACGGCAGCAGCCGCCGCCUUGGGAAGUGCCAAUGAUGUGGACACCAUAAAUGAUUUGCAGGCGUUUCACAGCUCGCACAAAUGCCAUCGCGCCUCCAUGGUGUGCGACUAUCGCCAGCCGAGCGCGGAGGCGCCGACAAUAAGCAGCGGCAAAAUAUUGGCGGCCAUGUCCGGCAGCAGCUGGUCACGUGGCGCCUAUCAAUGCCUGUGCAAGCGCGGCUUUUAUUCGCUGCGGCAUCCGGAUGGCUUUAACGGCACCAUCAUGGAGAUUGCCUGGCAGGAGCAUCAGGACAAUAUAAGCAAUUACUAUACGGACGUAUUCAAGUGUUUGCCUUGCGCACCCGGCUGCGACACCUGCACCGGGCCCGAGCCCUGCCUGGCCAACUAUCAUUGGCCAUUCAGAAUAUCCCUGCUGACCAUUUCGAUUGGGUGCGCCUGCGGCACAUUUGUGCUGCUGUGCUAUCUGUUCCGACAUCGGCGGGUCAAAGUCUUCAAGGUGGCCAGUCCCAUAUUCCUGAUGAUCACGCUCAUCGGCUGUGCCAUUAUGUAUCUGGAGAGUUUGUUUGAGUGUAAAAUAAAGGAGCAUAAAAUCUGUAGCAUGAGCGACAACAAACGAACAACGGAGCGUGGCGGAAAUUUGCCCCAUCCCAGCGAGAGCGAAAACGAGAGCGAGGAUGAGGCAGCCAUGCAGGCCGCACUACGUGAAAUGGUUAAGAUACCAGAUAUUGAGCCGCGGCAGACUCGAACGAGCCAUCGUGAAGAGCCACGUCAUAUUGUAAACCCGAUGGAUAAUCUUAAAAAGAACGCAUCGGCAGAAACGCAAGAUAGGUGGGUCAAGACUGUGUCCGAUGUGGGACUUCAGUCGGGAACCUCUGCGCUAACUGGCGACAAAGACGUUAGGGCAUUGCGCAAGAUCAGGCAGAAGACACAAUACGACCAGCCAAAGCAAUCGGAGAAGUUGAGGGGAGCCCAGGACGAGGUUCCCAAGCAGUCGGAAACCUGGGGAGAGAGGCUCAAGAAAAAAGGAACCGAAGAAUCUCCCAAGCGGUCCGAGACUUGGGCAGAUAAACUCAAGAAGAGCAGCACCGAGCUAGUUGCCAAGCCCUCGACAAAUAUACACAAAAAGAAGGCCACCGAGGAGGCAUCCAAGCAGUCAGAGACUUGGGCUGAUAAGCUUAAGAAGCGAACCGCGGAAGCACCCCAGCAAUCCGAGACUUGGGGAGAGAAGCUGAAGAAAAAGCCCAGCGAAGCGGUACCCAAGCCUAAUGACACCUGGGCCGACAGGCUCAAAACGUCAGACACAAGCAAAAAUGUGAUGCAACCAGCUUACGUUCAGAUUACUUCUCUAGCGGAGCUGCCGGAGCGGAUAACGCCAGAAGAGCAGCAAAGAUUGCAGCGCAUUGAAGCUGCCUCCAAGCCCAAAUCCUAUUAUCAGGAUAAGGCACAGAAGGAAGCCAAGGCACAGAACGAAGCAGAGCUCGUGAUCCGCAGCCAAACGCCAGUUAAAGAGGCAUCCCCGGUGGAGGCAGUCAAGCCCGUGCCAUCAACCCAGCCAGCUGAGCAGGAACGACAACCGGGCUGCAUAAACAUUCUGACGGUGCCAAUUCGACGGGCUCUGAACUACGAGCCAGGCAAUGGACAGCCGACCAGUGAAGACAUGAUAACGCCAAGGCCACAGGAGCAGAAGCCAAGUAUUUUUAAUAAUAUACCUCAAUUUGGUCGAGAUAGACAGGACGCAACUGAACCAGUUACUGAGAGCGUGGCCACGAGUGCAGCUGGUCAGCUGGAGUCUGCUGAUCCGAAGGAUAAGAAGGCAACGGCCGCUUUUUUUGCAAAUCCGCCUUCGUUCAGUAGAGCUAGACCAGCGAUAAAUGAUCCUGCGUCGACUGCGGAGGCAAUGAACACCAAUUUAGCUCAAGAGUCUGCGACUAACACAACUUAUUCAGACGCGGCCCAAGAAACGGUGAACUCCUUAAUAGAGAAGACAUCCGCUGCACUUCUUAGCCAUAUAAAUAUACUCGGACGAGCUGUUAAAGCUGUUAAUGAAGUCCGAACAGCAUCUGCUGAACCCGUGGCCAACAGUUCAGAUACUCUCGGAGAAGCUGCCGAUGACAAAACAGCUGCGCAGACCACAGCACCAUCUGCCUUUGUCGGCAGUUUGCCAUUUUUCGGACUAGCUCAACCAGCCCCGAACUCCAGCCCAGCGUCCGAGGAAACAGCAGACCCAAUGAAGACGGAUGUUGAUACAGAACUCCUACUGCCUGAUAAAGCUAAGCCAAUCUCAAAUGCGACUCCAGGUUCUGCGGAGGUGAUAGCCAACAAUUUCUUAACGAAUUUUCCGCCGCUUGGACGAGCUAACCCUACGCCCACUGAAGCGCCAACAACUUUUACAAACGUAGACGGCAGCUCCACUAAUCUUGAUGAGUCAGUGACUGCAAGGACAGCUGAACCUGAAACUCCAACGUCUGGAACAGGAGAGCAGUCGCUAGAUGACUUUUUAACACAACUUCCACCGAUUGGUCGACCUAGGCCAGUCACAAAUGAAGCAACAGCCGCAGCUAGCAGCUCGGCCAAUCGGGUUGGUAAUGUGCCCGAAGAAACAGCUCCCGCAACUAAUCCAGCAGCUGGCACCGAAAAAACUCCAAAGCAGCCAACAGCAACUUUUUUUUCACGUUUUGCACACUUUGGACGAGCUAGAGCCGUGUCAAGUGAAAAGCCAGCGUCUGCCAGAGCAGAGCCAGAACCCGACCCAAAAGGUGAUCGGGUCAUUUCUAUGGAUGCAAUUGCUCCUAAUCUUCGCCUGGAAACGCCAGCUGAUAAGGAGAUGACUCCAACUACAAGUAUACCUCAAUUAAUUACCGAAAACGUGGCUCAAAGCGAGGACAUGGCAGAAGAUAUCCAGGCAGUUGGUGCCUCAAGCUCCGCUCUGCCAAUUAGCGACACCAUCAGCUCGAGCUGUGUGCGUGCCCGUGCGCCCAAAGAGGCUGGCGCUGCGCUGCGUCAGGUGGUUACCGCUAGCCAGGUGCCACCUAUUCCAUAUGGCGCUGUCAAGACUUCAUCUAGUCCAGGCUUUACGCCUUCUACAACUAUGCCGCCAGCCGAGGAACAGGGUGCGGAUAAGGGCAGAGCUGAAGUCGCCGAUUCGCCCGACAAGAAUUCCUUGACAAGCAACUUGAUGCGUUACCUAUUUCCGGGAUCACAGGAUGCUGUGGCUGAGCCUAACCUGGCCAAAGAUACGGUGCAUCCCUUGACGGAGAACAGUCGCAUGCCGAGCGAAGUGAUCGUUGUGGAUAAAGUGGAUAAGGCCAGGGACAAGGAGAAGGAGGAGAAGACCGGCCAACUGGAGCACUCGGAAUCGAUGCGCACCCUGACCAUCAUUGGACGCCACUCGCACAUAACGACCACCUAUCGGGAUCACUGCCACUACGAGCGUCAUGAGGGCAUGGACAAGAGGGCCAGGCGCAAGCUGAUCGUGGCCAGCAUCCUGUGCCUAUCCUUUAUGAUUUGCGAGAUCAUUGGCGGCAUACUCUCACGCAGCCUGGCUAUAGCCACAGAUGCCGCUCAUCUCUUGACCGAUCUGGCGGGCUUCCUCAUUUCGCUGUUUGCCCUGUAUCUGAGCGCCCGCCCCUCGACGCAGCGCUUGAACUUUGGCUGGUAUCGCGCCGAGGUGAUUGGCGCCAUGCUCUCCGUCUACUUCAUCUGGGUGAUUACGGGCAUACUUGUCUGGCUGGCCGUGGACAGACUGAUCACGGGCAAACACGAUGUGAACGCCAACAUAAUGUUGAUUACCUCCGCCUUGGCGAUUGUUGUCAAUUUCAUUAUGGCAAUCCAAUUGGGCCAUGGUCAUUCGCAUGGCGGUCACUCGUCCGCCCAGGCCAAUCGGGAGCCCCGGCUGCACACGCAUGCCUCCCACCAGACGGCCAUUGAGGACACCAGCAAGGCGCAACAUCUGAUGCCAGUCUCAGUAUCCAGGCAAUGCACGGACCACCCUGCUGAGAACAUAAAUGUGAGAGCAGCAUAUAUCCAUGUGGUUGGCGAUAUAAUUCAGAGCUUUGGCGUCUUUCUGGCCGCCUGCAUUAUUUUCUUCAAGCCCGAAUGGGCGUUUGUCGACUCCAUUUGCACGUUUGUCUUCUCGUUCAUUGUCCUGCUGGUCACGCUGCGCAUCCUCAGGGAUGUUCUGAUGGUGCUCAUGGAGGCCACGCCCGAUUAUAUGGACUAUGGCGAGGUGCAGCGCACGUUCCUUAGCAUCGAAGGAGUCGAGCAUGUCCACAAUUUACGCAUCUGGGCGCUGAGCAUCAAUAAGAUAGCGCUCUCCGCCCAUUUGGCCAUCAGCAAGGAUGCCGAUCCUCAGAUCAUUCUGGAAAAGGCCACCACGCUGAUCCACAAGCGUUACAACUUCUUUGAGACCACCAUACAGAUCGAGGAGUACACUCCGGGCAUGGAGGACUGCAAUCAGUGCAUGACGCCGCUUACCAGGCCAUCGCUAAAGGAAGCACCUGUCGCAGCUACCGUGAAGUCCAAUAGGAACAGCAAGCAAGGUGAUUAUGAAGAUUCAAAGAGGAGCAGCCAGCUGAGUGACUAUGAGGAUUCAAAGAGAAGCAACAAGCGUAGCGCGGAUGAAGAUUUCAAUAGAAGCGGCAAGCUUGGUGGCAACGAGGAUUCAAAAAGGAACAGCAAGCGAAGCGGCGAUGAAGGAUCAAAGAGGAGCAGCAAGCAAAGUGGAAAUGAGGAUUCAAAAAAGAGCAGCAAGCCUAGUGGAAAUGAAGAUUCAAACAAUGAGGAACCACCAAGGUCGUCGCAGGGAAAAAUAAAAAGUGGAGCUAGAACUUCUACCUAAUUUGUCUUUCAACGGAUUUGUG